CUGCACGAGACGCGCGGCAUCUUGUCCCAGAUAUGAAAGCUGUCAGUAAACGUUAGCGGUUAGCCUCGGUUCGGUUCACAGCCACGUCUCACCCGCCAAACACAGGAGAACCGAAGCCCGGUGCAACUUUUUUAAACAGCGGUGUCAGAGCGCCGUCACAGCUGUGUAUGUGUGUGAGCCACCCCGGCGGCUGGCGCCCUUUGUGACUCCCUAAAGUGAAUGGCCCAGGCAGAGAGAGAUGAGCUGGGCUGAGGAGGACUGGACGGUGGGGCUGCCUGGACGGGUUCUGCAGAAGGUUAAGGAGCUGCAGAUCCACCAGGAGCGACUGUCCAGAGAAAACAAGCAGAAACAACUGCAGUUGGAUAAUAUCAACACUAGCCUUGAAAAGCAAACUGUGAAGUAUGAGGAAGUGCGUGGGGAGCUGCACUCUUUGCAGAGAGAGCUCCAGAAUGUUCGGGAGGAGGCCAAGGUGGCCGUGACCGGCAGGGAGCGCCUGACCCAGGAGAUUCAGACUAAGCAGGCCCAAGUAUGCUCUUUGGAGGGCCAGCUAGAUGCUGCUCGUACACUUGGCAACAAGCUCACCCAGGAAAUCAAAAGGCUGGAGGCUGAGCUGGAGAAGCUGCAGAACAGCAGCAGGCCAACAGAUAUAACUCCGUUUUCUACACCCUGCUGGAAUACAACCUCGCCCUGGGAAAACAAUGGGAGCAGACAGGAAGAGAGGUCGGGGCAGCGAGAUGAAGGACAGAACCAGGCGAGUGUCCGACAGCGGCUCCAGUUCUCGGACAUGCCCACAGCUUCAUUGCCACGACAACAACACAAGAGCACACCACACCGCCAUCCAUCCGACCAAUCGGACAUCUUCUCCACUCCCUCGGCUGCAUUUCCAUGGGAACGGGAUGACUCGAGACCAGCAGCCAGGAGACGACUGCCACCUUCUCCACAGAUGCCCUGCCCUGAUGUCACAAAUCAAGGCCUGUCGGAGCAGGGAAGUUGUGGGAAGGAGAAGGACCUCAAGACAGAGACGGACAUAUCCUUAUCAGAAAUGCGCCGUUGUAUCUCUGCUCUGGAGGACGAGCUGUCUGCGAAGGCUGGCACGUUGAAGACCUUUCAAAACGAAAUGGUGCUGAGUAAAAAGGAGCUUGCUGCCAAGGAGCUUAACCUGCAGAAAGUCCGCGAUGAGCUGAGCCAGGCACACACACGCAUGGCCCAGGACAGUGAGCGGGCAUCAGGAGCUGAACAGAAGCUGAAGCAGCUACAAGAGGAGCUAAAGUGUCAGAGGCAAAAUGCCGAGAGCAGCCGACUGCAGCACCAACAACGUACCAAGGAGCUAGAGAAACAACACCAGAGGGACUUGACAGAGCUUCAGAAAGAGAGGCAGUGUCUAGAGAGGCAGCAUCAGCAGGAGGUGAAUAAGCUUAAUCAGGAGCUCCAGCAGGCGAGGACGCUCCACAAUGCUCUGCAGGCUCAGGCUGACAAGCUGUCUCUGCAGAAGCAGGUGUUGGACAAAGAGUUGGACACCACGAAAGAGAAGCUGAAGUGGACAGAGGGAGAGCUGAAGGAGAGUCAGAAGAAAGAGACACAAACACAAGCCAAACUGACGGAAGCGGUGCGUGAGGCAGAGGGUGUGGCAGUGAGUCUGGAGCAGAGCCGGAAGAGGGAACGAGCUCUGGAGGAGGAGGGGAAGAGACGAGUGGAGGAACUAGCUGACGCCCUCCGUCUCAUCAAAGAACUGCAGGAGCAAAACUCCGCUCCAGCACCCCCUUCACAACCUGUCCAGUUCUGCCCUGUUGGACAGAGUUUCUCACCUCAGUCUUCCUUUCCUCAUCACCCUCGACCGGCCACCCACUCCAAGAGACCUGCUUCUACCCGAGCUGAGCAGAGGAGGCAAGAGGAGGAGGAUGUAGAUGCCAGAGGGGCUGAGAUUACAGCAUCUUACCCUUCUGACAGAGAGCCAGGAGAAGGAAUUGACUCUGAACACAUCACUGACCUCGUCUCCCCAGGCUCGGAGCGUUUGCAAAGAGCAGGACACAGAAGAAUAAGUAAUGAAGAGGAUAACAGGAGUAGAAAUGAGUUUUCAGACUGUGACAUGUCUGGACCAAGCAAGAGUGACUCUUCUCACUCUGUAGUCAGUGCGCCCGUCAACCUGUCUGUAGAUGGUGAUAAGGUGAUUGAUCCUGAAAAAACACGUUCCCUCAAGUCCGAGCAGACCAUCCCCUCUGAAGAGCUCAAGAGGGAGAAUGCCAUGCUGCGUUCAGAGCUCCAGGAUGUACGUGAAGAACUCCAGAAACGUCUUGAAGACCUUGAAACUCAACGACGGGCCGAGACAGAAGCCAGGACCCGCCUCAAACAGUUGAGCCGCAAACACAGCAGUCAGACUGUGGAGAAGGAGGAGAAAGACAAGGAAUGGAAGGCACAACUGGAGAGUGAAAAGGCUGAGACAGAAAGGUUAAGGAGGACCAUAGGGGCUUUGGAGGCAGAGAUGAAGAGGGUAAGGGAAGAAGGAGACAAGAAGGAGAGAGAGGAGCAGGAGGAGGAGAAAAAUCAAGCACAAGAAGACAGAGAGAGUGAAAUGAUAGAGCUUAAUAUGCAGCUGAAGAAGCAGCUGGCAGAGUUCAAAGCCCAGCUGGCUUUAGAACGAGAGGAAAGAAAAAGAGAGGAGGAGGAGAGGAACCAAAUAACAAACACAGACAGUGAUGUGAAGACGGAGCUGAGCAUAAAACUAGCAGAACUUCAAGCUGAAGUGGAAGAACUAAAGCGAAGAGGCAAAGAAGAAUCACAAGAAGAGGAAAGACUUUCAGUUGCCAACAGCCCACUGACAUACUUGACUCUCCACAAUGAUGAGCUCAACUCAAACAUCGUCUCCUGCGAUCGCAAGCUCCUCCCUUCACCAGAGCAGCACCUGCUCUUCUGCCAAUCCACCAACCAACGCAACAUGCUUGUGUCUCAGGCAACAGCAGACAUCAUCCAAGAAGAGAUAAAAGUGAUCGAUGCUGAGCACUCACCUGUGUCAGAUGAUGAUCAAACAGGUGGAGUGGCCUCUGACCUAAAAGACACCGAACAUAACUAUCUGGGAGGGUCUUCUCCAUCCGAUCCCCAGAAAGGUGAAGUUGCUGUCUCUGAUCUGGCAAAAGAGGUAGCACACCUACAGGGGGAGUAUGCAAAGGAGACAGAACGUGCUAACCAGUACCAAGUAAAACUGGAGGCCCUGCAGAACCAGGUGACACGUCAGACCCAGCAGCUAACCAUGGCCUUUGAGAAGCAGAGUCAGCAUAUCUCAGGCCUUUUAGCUGAGCUGCAAGAGAAGGAGAGUGCCCUCCUCAGCCAGGGGGAAGAACUGCUGCGAUGUAAGCAAGAGCUUGAUGUAUUGAAAACUGAAAAAGAAGAAGAGAUAAAGAUGACGGUCAAAGAGGUGGCGGAAGAGGGACAACGACAACAAAAACACGAUGACAAGUUGGAGUUGUCGGAGACCCACUCGAAACAGGAACAGAAGUGUCUCAUCGCCCCCCACGACGCUGCAGACUCACUGGCGGAUGAUGACUUACAUUUACAGAAAGAUGUAAGUCAACCACAGACUAGGACAUGUAUCGCUGAAACACCAACACUUGGUAGCAGUGAAGAAGACAAUGAAGCACGAGGAUUGGGAGAGCAUCCAGACUCUGUAGACUUGAAAAUGGCUCCGAGUAACCACGACCCUGCUUGUGUGAUGGUUGAGAAUCAGAGCGGUCACAAUGGAGUAACAGCAGACAUGAUUACACAACUGCUUGCUCUCCGACAAGAGAAUCAGCUGCUGAAACAAAGACUAGAGGAUUUGACCAUUACAGACACCAGGAGCCCAACCUCACAGACCGACUUUGAAAACCGAGAAGACCCAGUCACGCAAAGCCAUAACACAGGAGAUGCUGCUGUGUCCUGCUUAAUGGAGCAGAAGACAAAUAAUGUGCCUAAUGACGUCACGACUGAGGAACAGCAGUCGCUGAAUGUGAAGAAGAGUGAAGGUGAAGGACACGAUCUAGAAAGAGAAGAUAAAACCACACAAGCUGAAGAAGAUUUAGAUGAAGUGUCUCAGGCCCACAUCAACCACCUACAGCAACAGGUGGAGGCGCUGCAGAUGAAGGUAAGAGCUCUCUCUGCAGAGACCCAGCAGAAGUCUGAGGAGCUUGCAGUUUGGAGACUGGCCUCCCAACCAGCCCCAACAUUUGACCAACUUAUUCCCAGCACAGAUGACCAAUGUGAAAUACAAGAACAGGUCUUUGCUGUCAGACAGUCCCAGUCAAACUUGCAGCCGACAGAUGAGAUGAUCAAGGACCAGGGUCAAACUGUCCAGGAACCCAUGCUGGGUACACAGAAGAACCAGGGUAACAUCACAGUCGUCAGAGAAGACCAGUUAUUCCUCAGCUGCUCCUCCAACAAACUGCAAGUCCGCACAUUAUUCUCCAGACUUCAGAACAGCAAUGUUGUUGAACCAAAGAGCCUCCAUCCCUCUAAAAAGACUGCAGCACUUCAGGAAUACAAUCAGGACACUGCCAAGACUGACCAGGAAUCUGAAAAAGAAAACCAAGAAAUUAACUUCUUACAACAGUCAGAUGCUUGUUCAACGCAAUACAAACUGAAGAGAGACACUGAACUCAUCCAGAUUUCAUCAGACAAAAUGGCUCAACAACCCGUAGCCAAAGAUGCCCACAAGGUCUCGAGACCAAAUCCAACCAAAAUGGAGUGUUACACAGGGAGACUGGACCCAAAGCAGAACCCUUCUAGAGCAACCAACGAAGUAUACACAGUCAGUAAUUCUGCAGACAGAGGUGUGAAGUUGGAAAUGAAAAGUGUCAGCAGUCAAACAGAGGAGAGUUUGUGUCAUCGAGAUGUAUCAACAGUAUGUGCAAACACACAGACAGAAGUGGAGGAAGAGAAUGAACAAGAGUUGGUGGAUUCCCCUCCUGUCUCUCCUGUCCCAUUAGCCGAGGGGACGAGGGAAGGAGAAAAAGUGUUGUUUGCAGGUUCUUUCCCUAUCCCGGCUGACCCGGCCCGGCUGGCUGAAAGAAUUCGCCGUAACAGGACACAGUUGUCAGCUGCCUUUGAUGACACGGAGUAUGAACCCUAUGGCCUGCCGGAAGUCGUUAUGAAAGGUUUUGCUGACAUCCCCAGUGGCCCCUCAUGUCCCUACAUUGUGAGAAGAGGUUUGUUAGGCACAACUGUUGUACCAGCCUCUCCGAAAGACCCCGGAGAGGAGGAGGAUGAGACGGAUUAAAACAGCAACAGUUGUCUACAGAUCUGAUGGGAAGACCUGAUCACGAUGGCUUCACAAUGAACCUGAGUGAUGGCCGACAGCAGCUUCAGUGACUCGAAGCACUUCAGACUCUGAAACAAACACAAGACCAGUUCAAAAAGCUUCGAUCAGCCAUGGACUGCUGUACAUGUGUGUGCAGGUAACUGGGACUGCACCGAUAGAAUAAACACUCCACUGUGGAUCCAAAAUGUAUAAAUGGUCAUGAGUUUAUCCUCAAAUUACUAUGUGGAGACUUGCCCAUCACCAUGCUGCCACUUUUCACCCACCUGUAUAUUUAUGUAUAGAGGUGGUGAUUUAGUGAUGCCUGUUGAUGUUUCUUGAACCACUUUUCCAAAGGGAUUGUUUAGUUUUUUGAAACUCAGAAGUAACUUAUGCCUCGCCUUGGCUUACUUUGAAUCAAACAGUGCCUCGUUGAUGUUUUUCUAAACAAGCACUUGUCAAGAUAAGUUUGACUUGUUUUCCAAAAGGAUGAAGCCAAGAGAGGCCUGUUGUGAGAACAUGAUAUAUAUUUUCUUUCUUUUUUUUUUCUAGUUUUUUGAGGUGGCUUAUUUAUGGACACUUGAAUGUGUUUUAGUUACGGGACGUUUACAAAAUAAUGUGUGAAAGCAUAGUGAGUGUGUGUGAAACAAUAGCUGUGAAUAUGAACAUGUGUGUCCCCAUCUUGAUGUUACUGUUUGUGUGUGAGGGAGAGAGUGGGGUGAGCACAUGUCUAUGACUCAGUCUAACCUGCAUUGGUUUCCGCUCCAUGUAUGGUGAUGCACUCUGCGCUCCCUCUCUGCUCCCUCUCCUGCUUUGCUUCUCGGUCUUUUACACUAACAAGCUCUUGGUGGUUAGUUUCACAACAAAUUCACCAAAAACUAAACAUUUUAAGCUUUACUAUGUUAGAAUGCAGAUAAAUUGAGGUGGUAUCUUUAUAAUGGAUCAGAAAUAAUUUAUUUUACCCAUGUACUUGGGUUUUUUGUGUUUUUUUUUUUUUUUUGCACAUUCGUUACUGUGCCAUAGUCCAUGUUUAUACAUUUCGAUUUUGCAGAUGAGUUUGGAGUUGCUGUUCAGUUUGUCGUGUGUCCUGUAGCAACAGAUCUCACUGCUUUGCUUACCUACAAGACUUGACCAGUUAAAGGAAUAAGUUCACAUUUUCCAAAGUCUAAUUAACACCAUAUUCUCAUGUCCAUACUUGCUGUUGAAUUCCCUUUCAAAAGCAAUUUCAGUGUAAGUAAUGGGGAGCUGAAUCCACAGUCUUGGAUCUUAAGUUUAGCAGAAGCCAAUAUGACACUUGAAGCAUCUGAGUUAAGGUUUGGUUACACAAGAACGGGACACAGCAUAAUUUGUCUUUACUUCCCUCUGAAAUAUUUGCUUGGAGCUUGAAGCUUGGUGAUGCAGCUGCUAUACUUGCAGGGCUUGUAGGUGAAAUGAACAGUUAGUCACAGCAGCUCCUGGAGAUUUUCAGUUUUAUCUCUUCUGUUCUGUUUUCCCUCUUGGUAUUUGAUUUAUCAACAGUUACUGAGGAAGGAAAAUGAAACUCUUUAGUGUGGUGGUCGACCAAUUUUUCCAGGUCAAAACAAAACUGAUUCUUUGCAAUCAAGGAGACCAGUAACUGAUCUUGGAACCAUUAUACAUUUAAAAAUAGGGUCAACUCGGCACUGUGGAGGUGCCUUGUUUUUGGUCAACGGCAUUGAAUUUGUGUGUCAAAGUCAAUGUUACAAUUUUACGUUGAUUUACGUAGUCUGUAAACAAACCCACUAACUGCUGUGAUUCCAGUGGAAUGACUUGUUAAAGCACAGCGUGACCAGCCCUUUAGCCUAAGGGUUUCUUCCAAAGUUGGACUUUACAGCUCAGAAUUUCCUCUUUAUGUUUCGAUGGACAGUCGUUCGUUGCUGAGUUCUGGCGGACUGAUUGAAGCAAAAUAAAGUUUCAAAACUAAAAGCACCGUAACAUCCGAACAGACUGAUUUAAUUUGUCCAAGUUAGGCCGCCGAAGUCUCAUAUAAGGUUACCAGUUAAUUACACUGAAACUGCUCUCAGAAAGGUUCUCUGUACAGCUAGUAUGAGGAAUAAUUGAAGUAGAGUACUUUUGGUUUUUAAACUUAAUUUGUGUUUCAAGGUAGUUGCCCUCUCCUGGCCGUGGCUUGUUGGCUCAGUGAGAACACAGUGGACUGUUGCUGCCCUGAAUCAAUGUCAUUUAUCUGCCAUUCGGACCCCCUCGCACACACACAAACACACACUUCGCCUCCCUCUCAGCUGCCUUCAUAUCUCUGGGAUCUGUAGUCUUUUGGCAGUGAGGAGGGAUUGUCAGACCCUGAGCAGGGAAUGUCACUGCGGGUUUGUUGCCUUGUUUUGAACACUUUUAUGUGAAUGUAUCUGUAUUGUGUCCGCGGCUAGAAUAAACGGCUUCCUUUGAAUUUA